AUGAUCUCCCAGUCUGUUGCGGCCCAACGAGGGGAAUACAUAGGCAUUUCCAACAAUGACGAUGCUACUUACAUCGCGUGGGUUAGCGUCGUUCAAUACGACGGCACUGUGGGUGGUGCUUGGACCGGCGAUAUAGGCCGCUACUGUGAUCAGAGGUUUUACUACAGCAAGGAAAAGGCUGGAACGUAUCGAGACACCGGCAAAGACUAUAUCCCUUCGUGCACCUGGCUUGACGAAGAUGGCUCGAACGAUAUCGUGAACGCAGCGCUCAAGUUCAGCCUUGGUGCGUAUGGCAAGGACGUCACAUCAAUUGGUGACGAAGAGGUGGUAAUCACCAACGCAGCGAAGCCCGCCAAGCGAAGCAUCCCCAAACGCCCUACGUGGAUGCACGAACAUCUCAUCGUCUCCAACUGGACCAGCCAAACGGCCCCAGAACUCUGCGACUCAGCCAUGUCCUGGGGCCUCGACUUCGUUGAAUCUGACGGCCAGUUCUGCGAUAUGGCCACGAAGACCCUUACUCCACUUUGUUCAUCCGAGACCGUCGGCAGCUCGGACUGCGUCGAUGUUGACGAGGAGGCCGUCAGCGUGGUGAAGCGCACCAGCGUUGCAAGGCGGGCCGCGAAGGUUACGCACAAGUCUUACAAUAAGAUUCAGAAGUGGAAUCCAGCCCAUUCUAACUUCGCGCACGAUGAUUGGCUCUCAUUCCCACUGGCACCUUUCCUUGGGGAGAUCUUGGCGCUCUACCAAGAUGGAUAA